ACUCAACGAACGUGUUGAUACAAACAAAUUCAUUUUGUACGCUCUAAAAUUUGAUUUUUUUAAUAUUUACGAUAAAACAAACAAGAUAUAUCCUAUUUAAAGAAUUUCAACGUAAUAUAAAUUAAAUAUAACAAUGGAUGACGAAGCUGAAACUUAUAAAUUAUGGCGGAUUCGUAAAACAGUGAUGCAGCUUGCUCAUGACCGCGGAUAUUUAGUAACACAGGACGAAUUGGAUCAAACCCUCGAACAAUUUAAAGAACAAUUUGGAGAUAAACCAAGUGAGAAACGUCCAGCUCGAUCUGAUUUGAUUGUUUUGGUUCACCACAAUGAUGAUCCUACUGACCAGAUGUUUGUGUUCUUUCCCGAUGAGUCAAAGAUUGGAAUCAAACUUAUCCGCACAUAUUGUACUCGGAUGCAAGAAGAAAAUAUUCAUCGAGCAAUAAUGGUGGUUCAAGGAUCGAUGAGUCCUUCAGCAAAGCAAGUCUUAGUCGAAAUGGCACCUAAAUAUAUCAUCGAACAGUUUUUGGAAUCUGAGUUACUGAUUAACAUUACCGAACAUGAAUUAGUUCCAGAACAUGUCGUCAUGACUCCCGAAGAAAAAGCUGAAUUACUUACUCGUUACAAACUCAAAGAAAAUAUGCUAAUGAGAAUUCAAGCUGGUGAUCCUGUAGCUCGUUACUUUGGACUUAAAAGAGGACAAGUCGUUAAAAUCAUUCGACCUUCAGAGACUGCUGGACGUUACAUUUCUUACCGGCUUGUUUGCUAAGCUUACAUUUAACUUUAUCAUAA